CACGGCCGCAGGGGAGCGCGGCGCCCGGGAGCGCGGCCCAGAGGCGGCGGCGGCAGAUCUAUUCACACUAAUGGAAAUGUAACUGGAACUGAUUCUAAUGAUACAAUCAAGGACCAUCAGACAAGAUCAUGCUGUAGUUACCUUUGCUUCCAGAUGAAGGCACUGACUCAUCAAGUUUCUACUUAUUCUAAGGUUUCUUUACAAGUGCAUCAGAGGAUGAAAAUUGCCUAAGAAAUCACCAAAUACUACUUUGAAGGAUUUGAAAUAAGCAGGUUGUUUGUACGAUUGGCCUUAAAUGCGACUAGAAGAGACUAGAGCCAUCCCUGGAAAACAUCAUCCCCCUUCCCCUAGAAGCUGCCUUGUGGAGCACUAGAUUUGACCAUAUCUCUUUUGAGGACUCAUGAACAAAGAAGUCUCCCAGGUGUGAAACUUUUCAACAUGAGUGGCCUUGGGGACAGUUCGUCCGACCCAGCUAACCCUGACUCGCAUAAGAGGAAGGGAUCGCCAUGUGACACACUGGCAUCCAGCACUGAAAAGAGGCGCAGGGAGCAAGAAAACAAAUAUUUAGAAGAACUAGCUGAGUUAUUGUCCGCCAACAUCAGUGACAUUGACAGCUUGAGUGUAAAACCAGACAAAUGCAAAAUUUUGAAGAAAACAGUCGAUCAAAUACAGCUAAUGAAGAGAAUGGAGCAAGAGAAAUCAACAACUGAUGAUGAUGUACAGAAAUCAGAUAUCUCUUCAAGUAGUCAAGGAGUGAUAGAAAAAGAAUCCUUGGGACCUCUUCUGUUGGAGGCUUUGGAUGGAUUCUUCUUUGUUGUGAAUUGUGAAGGGAGAAUUGUAUUUGUGUCAGAAAAUGUUACCAGCUACUUGGGGUACAAUCAGGAGGAACUGAUGAAUACCAGUGUCUACAGCAUCCUGCAUGUGGGUGAUCAUGCAGAGUUUGUGAAGAACCUGCUACCAAAAUCACUAGUAAAUGGAGUUCCUUGGCCUCAAGAGGCGGCACGACGAAAUAGCCAUACUUUUAACUGCAGAAUGCUAAUUCACCCUCCAGAUGAGCCAGGUACUGAGAACCAAGAAGCUUGCCAGCGGUAUGAAGUCAUGCAGUGUUUCACUGUGUCACAGCCAAAGUCAAUUCAAGAGGAUGGAGAAGAUUUCCAAUCAUGUUUGAUUUGUAUUGCACGACGAUUACCUCGGCCUCCAACUAUUACGGGUGUAGAAUCCUUUAUGACCAAGCAAGAUACUACAGGUAAAAUCAUCUCUAUUGAUACCAGUUCCCUGAGAGCUGCUGGCAGAACUGGCUGGGAAGAUUUAGUGAGGAAGUGCAUUUACGCUUUUUUCCAACCUCAGGGCAGAGAGCCAUCUUACGCCAGACAACUCUUUCAAGAAGUGAUGACUCGUGGCACUGCCUCCAGCCCAUCCUAUAGAUUCAUAUUGAAUGAUGGGACAAUGCUUAGCGCCCACACCAAGUGUAAACUUUGCUAUCCUCAAAGUCCAGACAUGCAGCCUUUCAUCAUGGGAAUUCAUAUCAUCGACAGGGAACACAGUGGGCUUUCUCCUCAAGAUGACACUAAUUCUGGAAUGUCAGUUCCCCGAGUAAACCCCUCGGUCAAUCCUAGUAUCUCUCCAGCUCAUGGAGUGGCCCGUUCAUCCACAUUGCCACCAUCUAACAGCAACAUGGUAUCCACCAGAGUAAACCGCCAACAGAGCUCAGACCUUCAUAGCAGCAGUCAUAGUAAUUCUAGCAACAGCCAAGGGAGUUUUGGAUGCUCACCUGGAAAUCAGAUUGUAGCCAAUGUUGCCUUAAACCAGGGACAGGCCACUUCCCAGGGUAGUAAUCCCUCCUUAAACCUCAAUAAUUCUCCGAUGGAAGGUACAGGAAUAUCCCUAGCACAGUUCAUGUCUCCAAGGAGACAGGUCUCUUCUGGAUUGACAACAAGGUCCAGGAUGCCGAACAAUUCAUUUCCUCCUAAUAUUCCAUCAUUAAACUCCCCAGUUGGCAUGACAAGUAGUGCCUGUAAUAAUAGUAACCGAUCUUACUCAAACAUCCCAGUACCAUCUUUACAGGGUAUAAAUGAAGGACCCAGUAACUCUGUCGGCUUCUCUGCCAGUUCUCCAGUUCUCAGGCAGAUGAGCUCACAGAAUUCACCUAGCAGAUUAAAUAUACAACCAGCAAAAGCUGAGUCCAAAGAUAACAAAGAGAUUGCAUCCAUGUUAAAUGAGAUGAUUCAGUCUGACAACAGCUCUAGUGAUGGCAAACCUCUGGAUUCAGGACUUCUACAUAACAGUGACAGACUCUCAGAUGGAGACAGUAAGUACGCUCAGACCAGUCACAAGCUGGUCCAGCUUCUGACGACGACGGCAGAGCAGCAGCUGCGCCAUGCUGACAUAGACACAAGUUGCAAAGAUGUGCUGUCCUGCUCUGGCACUUCCAGCUCUGGCUCUGCUAACUCCUCAGGAGGUGCUUGCCCCUCCUCUCAUAGCUCCCUGACCGAGCGGCACAAAAUCCUGCACCGACUCUUACAGGAGGGGAGCCCCUCCGAUAUCACCACUCUGUCUGUGGAGCCUGACAAAAAGGACAGCGCGUCUGCUUGUGUGUCAGUGACUGGGCAGGCCCAAGGAAGCACUGCUAUCAAACUAGAACUGGAUGCUUCCAAGAAAAAAGAAUCGAAAGACCACCAGCUCCUCCGCUACCUGUUAGACAAAGAUGAGAAGGAUUUAAGAUCAACUCCAAACCUGAGCCUGGACGACGUAAAGGUGAAAGUGGAGAAGAAAGAACAGAUGGAGCCUUGUAACACGAACCCACCCGCCAUGACCAAACCUGCCCCCGAGGAAAUUAAGCUGGAGUCCCAGAGCCAGUUUACAGCUGACCUUGACCAGUUUGAUCAGUUACUGCCCACGUUGGAGAAGGCAGCACAGUUGCCAGGUUUGUGUGAGACAGACAGGAUGGAUGGUGCGGUCACCAGUGUAACCAUCAAAUCGGAGAUCCUGCCAGCUUCGCUGCAGUCCACCACUGCCAGACCCACUUCCAGGCUCACUAGGUUACCUGAGCUGGAGUUGGAAGCAAUUGAUAACCAAUUUGGACAGCCAGGAACAGGCGAUCAGAUUCCAUGGGCAAACAAUACAGUGGCUGUAAAUCAGAAUAAGCCAGAAGACCAGGGUAUUAGUUCGCAGCUGGAUGAGCUCCUGUGCCCGCCAACAACAGCAGAAGGAAGGAACGACGAGAAGGCUCUUCUUGAGCAGCUGGUGUCCUUUCUCAGCGGCAAGGAUGAGACUGAGCUGGCCGAGCUGGACAGAGCUCUGGGCAUUGACAAGCUUGUCCAGGGCGGUGGCUUAGACGUGUUAUCUGACAGAUUUCCACCUCAACAAGCAGCAGCACCUUUGAUGAUGGAAGAGAGACCCAACCUUUAUUCGCAGCCGUACUCCUCUCCUUCCCCGACCGCCAGUCUCCCUAGCCCUUUUCAAGGCAUGGUGAGGCAGAAGCCUUCGCUGGGGACUAUGCCUGUCCAGGUGACCCCUCCGCGAGGGGCGUUUUCUCCCGGCAUGGCCAUGCAGCCCAGGCAGACUCUCAGCCGACCUCCGGCUGCUCCUAACCAACUGCGACUUCAGCUACAACAGAGGUUACAGGGGCAACAGCAGUUGAUACAUCAAAAUCGGCAAGCCCUCUUAAAUCAGUUUGCAGCAACAGCUCCUGUUGGCAUCAAUAUGCGAUCAGGCAUGCAGCAACAAAUGACACCUCAGCCACCCCUGAAUGCGCAGAUGUUAGCGCAGCGACAGCGGGAAUUGUACAGUCAACAGCACCGACAGAGGCAGCUAAUUCAGCAGCAAAGAGCCAUGCUCAUGAGGCAGCAGAGUUUUGGGAACAAUCUCCCUCCCUCAUCUGGACUGCCAGUUCAAAUGGGGAACCCCCGUCUUCCUCAGGGUGCUCCACAGCAGUUCCCCUACCCACCAAACUAUGCCACAAAUCCAGGCACCCCGCCCGCUUCUACCAGCCCAUUUUCACAGCUGGCAGCAAAUCCGGAAGCAUCCUUGGCCAACCGCAACAGCAUGGUGAACAGAGGCAUGGCAGGAAACAUGGGAGGACAGUUUGGCACUGGAAUCAAUCCUCAGAUGCAGCAGAAUGUCUUCCAGUAUCCAGGAUCAGGAAUGGUUCCCCAAAGUGAGGCCAACUUUGCUCCAUCUCUAAGCCCUGGGAGCUCCAUGGUGCCGAUGCCAAUCCCUCCUCCACAGAGCUCUCUGCUCCAGCAGACCCCACCUGCCUCUGGAUACCAGUCACCAGACAUGAAGGCCUGGCAGCAAGGAGCCAUGGGGAACAACAAUGUGUUCAGUCAAGCUGUCCAGAACCAGCCCGCACCUGCACAGCCUGGAGUUUACAACAACAUGAGCAUCACCGUGUCCAUGGCAGGUGGAAACACAAGUGUUCAGAACAUGAAUCCAAUGAUGGGCCAGAUGCAGAUGAGCUCUUUGCAGAUGCCAGGGAUGAACGCCGUGUGCCCUGAGCAGAUAAAUGAUCCAUCCCUGAGACACACAGGCCUCUACUGCAACCAGCUGUCAUCCACUGACCUUCUCAAAACAGAACCAGAUGGAACCCAGCAGGUGCAACAGGUUCAGGUGUUUGCUGACGUCCAGUGUACAGUGAAUCUGGUAGGCGGGGACCCUUACCUGAACCAGCCUGGUCCACUGGGAGCUCAAAAGCCCACGUCAGGACCACAGACCCCCCAGGCCCAGCAGAAGAGCCUCCUUCAGCAGCUACUGACUGAAUAACCACUUUUAAAGGAAUGUGAAAUUUAAAUAAUAGACAUACAGAGAUAUACAAAUAUAUUAUAUAUUUUUCUGAGAUUUUUGAUAUCUCAAUCUGCAGCCAUUCUUCAGGUCAUAGCAUUUGGAGUAAAUAAAAAAAAAGAAAAAAAGGAGUUCACUUUUGUUGGGAGAUUGAGAGAUGUUUUUGUUUCUUUCUUUGUAAAAGCCUUGGAUAUUGAAAAAAAUACCAAGGCAGAACAGUUGGACAAUCUAUUUCUUGAGCCAAAUUUAAUUAUUCUUAUUUUUGUAAUUAGUCAUUGGCUUCUUAUCUGGAUGAAGGCUUUUGGAGGAUAACCAAAACGACAAGUUCCAAGGGGAAGAUGAGGCUCUGCCUCUGCCGGCCCGGUCCCGACCCUGCCCGGGAAGAAGGGCCUGUGCGGCUUCGCCUGCGUCCACCCACCAAAGGCUGGCACAAUUCUGAAAUCCACAGUCCUCCCCCAUCCCAACCCAGGCAGCUCGUGUGUACAAUCAGCUUCUUCUAGCAACUUCGUAUCUGUUGGCUACAAGAGAAUAUUUUGCCUCCAAAUAUGUACCCCUCCUCCUUUUUUUAAAGAUGGAUUUAAACCAAGAUGCCUCCAGGAAAAGAGGAAGAAAUGAGUAUAUUCACAGAGGAAUCCAAAAAAAUACAGUUUGGGGAAAAAUGCAAUAAUUUUUGAUGAGAUGGUUGAAGGACAAGAAGUGAGUUCUGUCAAUUAUUGUAGAUACAUACUUUCUGAUUAAAUCUGGAAUAAAAGGCAGCCUGUUCUUUCUGCUUUUAUUGUAUUAACAGCUGAGGUAGCUGAAGUUAUUUAAAAUAAAAUUAAAUUUAUGAUUCAGGUAGCUUAUUUUCCCUUUAAAUCUCACUGUAAAUAUAUUUGAUUUCUUGUAGAGAUUGAUUUCCUUCUGUUUAAUUUUAUGCUUUUAUUAUCAUACUCUUGAUUUUUCUAAAUUUGUGUGUGAAAUAUAACGUUGAUUGAAUUGCAGUUACAUUUGGCUAGUAAUAUUUUGUUAUUUUAAUAACUGUGAUAUCAUGUAUGGAUUUACUUUGGGGUUCAAAUCAAAUGCCACUGCCAGAAAGCGCUGUUCCAGCUGAGCUAGAGCAGACUGGCCGAGCGUCCCUGGGACCACCUGGCCAGGAUGCACAGGCUACUUGUACAGAGAAAAAUUCAUACUCAAAGAAAAUCUGCAUUUUUUUAGAUUGACUUUGGGAAUUUUAAUUUUCAUCAGUGCAAAUACAAAUUUCUCUAUCCCUGUUCUGGGGCUCAUUGGUACCGUGUUUUCCCUUUGUGUCUUGUCACUCUGCCACAUCCCAUCUCACCCUGGCCUGAGUCAAGGACCCAGUGAACUGACUUUCUAGUUCUAGAAGUUGCACUGCCAGGCCAGGAAAGCUGGAGAGGGCAUUGUGGAAGAAGCAGAGGUGGACCCCAGUCUCAGCGCGGUCCGCAUCCC